AUGAAACGACCAAUAAACACACGGCCUCCAGUACCCAGCCGCACAAACGCCCUGAACUUAGGAGGUGAUCCUGGUUCAGACCAGCAGAGUGCAGGAGGUGCUAAGAAUCUCUGGGUCAGUAAGGAUCACCCAACAUCAAGACCAGUGAAAAAUUUCAACAUCAUUACUUACAACAUUAGAACUCUGAAGAACAAUGAAAGACUUGCAGAAUUGGAAACUGAACUCCAGGACAGCGGAGUUAAAUGGCAUGUGAUAGGCUUGUCAGAAGUAUAUGCACCAACAUCAAGCAGACCAGAUGUAGAAGUAGAAGAACUGUAUGAAGAAGUACAACGUCAGUUGACAAAAGACUGCCACUACCACAUAGUCAUGGGUGAUUUCAACGCCAAGAUCGGGAUAAAGUCAGACGAACAAGAGCGUGCCACAGGGAAAUUUGGCAGUGGAGAGAGAAAUGAAAGAGGAGACUUAUUUAUUGAAUGGGCGACAGCAAAUAACUUGAAGAUCAUGAAUACCGUCUACAAGAAGAAGAUAUCAAGAAGAUGGACAUGGCAAAGCCCAGAUGGAUGUACAAGAAACGAAAUUGAUUACAUCAUGACAAACAGACCGAACAUCUUCACGGAUGUGAAAGUGCUAAACAGAUUGGAUGCGGGCAGUGACCACAGAGCAAUUAUGGGAGUGAUUAGGAUCAAUGUCAGGAAGGACAGACAGAAAUGCCUGUCAAAUCCAUCAAAAAAAAGACCUAGUAUCGAGCAACUGGUCAUAAAGAAAGACGAGUUCCAAAUCCUCCUAACGAACAGAUUCAGUGCACUAGAGCUAGAAGGUGAAGAUGGAGUAGAUGAAAUGAACGAUAGAAUAACAACCACCAUCCUAGAAUGUGCAUCAGAAGUUGCACCGGCUAGUAAAAUAAAGGACUCAAAGCUCUCAACAGAAACGAGGAUUCUCAUGAAGAAAAGACGGAUGAUGAAGAAAAUGGAGGUAAACAACAACAGGGACAUCAGAAACAACAUCGAAUAUGCAGAACUGGAUAAGACCAUCAAGAAGAAGACAAGGGAAGACAUCAGGAAGCAGAACAUGAAGAAGAUAGCAGAGACCAUCGAAAAUGGAAAGAGCAUGAAAAGAGCAAAGAGAUCCUUUCAACUAGGGCAGGAUAGAAUGCUGACUCUUCUAGACAAAGAUGAAAAUGAGCUCACCACACAAGACCAGAUAUUAGAACGAGUAGAAGAAUUCUAUGGAGAAUUGUAUGACAGCAACAAGGAAAUAGAAAUAACAACAAAGGCAUGCGAUCUACCAGACAUAACAGCUUGGGAAGUAGAGUCAGCAGUCCAGAAAAUGAAGAACGGGAAGGCAGCAGGAAAUGACAACAUCAAAGCAGAAAUGGUAAAAGCAGGAGGAGAUAUCCUAUCUCAGGAAUUAGCCAGGCUCUUCACAAAGUGCUUACAUCUGAAGGAAAUUCCUGUAGCAUGGAAGAACGCCAACAUGAUCAUAAUGUUCAAAAAGGGCAAUAGAAAAGACAUCAAGAAUUACAGACCCAUCUGCUUCCUUUCUAACUUGUACAAGAUUUACACCAAAAUAUUGACCGAAAGGCUAACAAGACAACUAGAUGAAGCACAGCCAAAGGAACAAGCAGGUUUCAGAGGCCAGUACACCACUACCGAUCAUAUGCACACUGUCAACCAGCUCAAAGAGAAAUGUCUCGAGUAUAACAUUCCACUAUGUGUAGCAUUCGUUGAUUAUGAAAAAGCCUUCAACUCAGUAGAAACCCAGUAUAUACUGGCAUCCCUGCAAGAUCUAGGGAUCGAAGAUGGAUACAUAGACGUCCUCAGAGACAUAUACACCGAUAGCUCUGUAACAGUCAAACUACACAAGACCACCAAUAAGAUCAGGAUCAAGAAAGGUGUACGCCAAGGAGAUACAAUCUCUCCUAAACUGUUCACAGCAGCAUUGGAACGUUUGCAGACGACAUCAUAA